AUGAGCGACGUGCGGUUUGCUGUAGGGCAUCAAUUUGGCACCGUGAAGAUGUUCGCCGCCCACAAAUACAUUCUGAGCAUUUGCAGCACAGUGUUUGACACCAUGUUCAACGGCAGUCUGCCAGAAAGUUGUGAGGAUGCCAUCGAGAUUCCGGAUCUGCCUCCCGAGGCGUUUGCUAACAUGCUCAGCUACAUAUACACUGAUUCGGUUGAGAACCUGAAUCUGGAUAAUGCCAUUCCGACCAUGAACUGCGCUGAUAAGUACGAUUUGCCGCAGCUGGUCAAGAAAUGCCUCGCAUUCGUUACUAAGCGGAUAACUUUCGACAAGGUGUUGACACUUGCGGAGCAGAUGGGCCACGGAGAGAUGCAAGCGUAA